GAGACGCGGGGAGAUCAUCGGAGGGAGCGGGCAGAGGAGGAGGAGGAGGGGGGGUGCGUGGGUGGCAAGCAAGGAAGAGAGCGAGAGACGCGCGCACGCAGUCGGCUCCCCGCGCUCCGCCGCGCCCACGAGGAGCCGAGGGGGAGCGCCUCGCCGCGAUGUCCCGGCGCAAGCAGGUGAAGCCGCUUCACCUGAGCAAGCGCGACUUCCCCCUCCACUCGUCUCAAGCGGGAGCGGCGCUUUUAGGGGAGGAGGAGGCGGAGGAGGAGGAAGAGGCCGAGGAGGAGGAGGAGGAUGAAGGCGAUGGUGGUGGAGGCGGGGAGGAGCAGGAGGAGGGAGUCGAGGAUGCGAACGGCGCCUCGACCCGAGCCGUCACCUCCACGGCCGGGGACGAAGCCGCGGGGGGCACAGCGGCGGCGGUGGCGAGGGGGGCUCGGGGCUCGGCAGGGGUCGGAUUGGGGGGACCUCCGUCCGAGGGGGCAGGCGACCUGUUGACGUGUGGCCGGUGCCGCGUGGCGUUCCCGCUCGCCCAUAUCGUCCUCUUCAUCGAACACAAGGUCCGGCGGUGCCAACCCGCGGGGCCCUCCCCGUGCCGACCCCCCAAGGGGACGCCCCCCCGGGCUGGACCCCGCUCGUCCCCCGUCCGAGGGGGUUCGGCGGGAGCCGCGUCAGCGCACCCCGGGCCUCCGCCUCCUCCCGCACCGUCUUCGGUGUCGCUCCGAGCGAAGCGCAAACAGCAUCAUCAGCAGCAGCAGCGGCGGCAGCAGCAGCAGCAUCAUCAUCAGCUGGAGACCCAAGUGGACGGACGGGACAACGAGGACGAUGGGUACGGAGACGAUGACGAGGAUGAUGGAGACGAGCGGAAGGAGCGACUGACGAGGAGCAAUGACGGCGUCACUGCGGGUAAGGCCGAGCCGAGCGCCCACGUCUGCGUCUCGUGCGGCCGCAUGUUCCGUGCCGCGUGGCCUCUCAUGCAGCACGCGCAGCGUGCGCACGGCAUCGGCAUCUACCUGGAACGUGGAGUGGCCACCGGCGGCGGCGGCGUGGCUGGAGGAGGUGCGGCCGGUGGGGGUGGUGGCGGAAUCGUCGCCGCCGCCACCACAACACCAACCGCGGGCGCUGCCCAGCGCCGGGGCAGCCCCGAGGCCGACGACGCCGGGGGCAGCCCUAGGUUGGGAGCGGCGGGAGUCGGCGGGGGCAGCGCCUCAUCGUCCUCCGCCUCGUCUGCGGCACCGCCGGCCGUCGCCUCGGCCGCGGCGGCGAGGCUUGGAAUCUCCACGGCGGAGGCGGUGGCUCCGAUGCAGCUCACGGCUUCGGCCUCGUCGGCCGCGGCUGCGGGGCUGCCCUUUGAGGGCAGCCCGCUGAACUUGUUGCGGUUGGCAGGGGUCGGCGUUGGGUUGGGUGACGUGCGCUUGGGGACACCGCCGCUCUUCAGCACUCCUGGCCACCACCACCACCACCCCCAUCACGCCCACCACCACAACCCGCACGCUACGCACCACCAGACGCCGCCGCAGCAGCAACAGCAGCAGCAGCUGCCCUCGGGUCGCGGCGGUGAAGAUCACUUGCUGCCCCCGUGUCUCGGAGGGGCCGCGGGGCCAGGGGGCGGCAGCGGGGCAGCGGCCGGAGGGCAGCGCGGGGUGGCGCAGAUCACCAUGGAGCCCGGCAUGGACUUUUCUCGCCGGCUCCGAGAACUGGCCAACAACACCAGCCAGCACAACAAUAGCAACAACAAUAACAACAACAGCAGCGGCGGCGGAAUCAACAACAACAACAACUUGAGCGGUUGCAGCAACAACAGCGGCUCCACUCCGCCAAUCUCCCCGGGGAGACCGCGUCUCCUGCAGUCUCCGCCAGGGACCCUGAGCUUCCUCGGGACCCCCGGACUGGGAUCUUUAGGAGGGGGUCCCCUCUCCCCGCUGCAGACCCCUAGCGGCAACGGGGCCCGGCCCCCCGUGACGGGGUCGCUGACCCCGCCCGACCUCGCCUCGUCGCUCGCCCUGCCCACGGCGGCCGGGAGCGCGGCGCGCAAGUCGUGCGAGUUCUGCGGGAAGAGCUUCAAGGCCAGCAAGCUCAAACGCCACAUGCGCACGCACCACCACCACCAGCACCACCACCACCCGAACCUCCUCCUCCUCCACCACCACCACAACCAGCACCGGCGGCGACACGACAGCAAGCAACAACAACAACAACCGGCAUCGUCGUCAUCUUCCCCGUCCAUCACUCCGGACCCUCUGGCCCGGGUCAAGGUUGAGGACGGCCACGCCGCCGAGGGGAGCUCCCCGGAACCGGACCCUGGCGGCGGCGAGCGGAGACGGGGGGGGGGCCCCGCGCCGCCGGGCAGCGCGAGCUCCGUGCUGCGCUCCGUGGUCGCCCAGUACUGCAACGACUUCUCAGCACGGGCGGCCGCCGUGGUGGCCUCGGCCUCGCCGGGCCCGACGGGCGCGGCGACGACGGCAUCGACGGCGGCGGCCGUGGCCGGGAACGGGGGCGGCGAGGCGGUGGGAAGGGAGGAGGAGGAAGACGAGGUGGAGGAGGAGGAAGAGGUGGAGGAGGAAGAAGGGGAGGGAGAUGCGGAUUUGGAGGAGUCGGAUGAAGAUGACGUGGAGGACGGGGUCGAAGCUGAGGCCGAGGACGAAGACGAGGAGGAGGAGGGGGACGAGGAGGAGGAGGUGGGCGACGACGAGGCUGCGGAGCGCGGCCACACCACCCGGGACGCGCUCUCCCACGCCAUGUCUGCCAGCGCGGCCAUCAUGAGCCUGAGCAACAGUCGGCCGUUCAGCGAGGCGCUGCUGCGCCGGACGCUCUCCACCUCCUGCUCCUCUGACUCCAAGCUCGCACUGCUGCCCGGAGGCCCGGCUGCGGGGCAGCAGCAGCAGCAGCUGCUGCUGCCCGCGCUCAGGAAUGCCGACAGCCGCGUCACCCAGUCGGAAACGCUCGCCAAGGGCAGCGGCGGCACGGGCGGCGUGGGAGGUAACGGCGGCGGUGGUGGCACGGCGGCGGUGGGCAGGCUGCCCUUCGACGCCAAGGGCACCGCCGCAUUCUCCCUGGACGCCCUCGUGUGCGGCACUCCCGACCGCCUGGGCCUCGACGCACUGCUGCUGCGAGGCCACCUGCACGACGCCUUCGGCCCCCGCAGGAAGGGGGCGGCCGCCGCAGCGGCCGCCGCCGCGGGCACCGUCGUCGGCUUCGAGGGGGGCGACGCGGCGGGGGGGUGCGGCGAGGACGCCGUGAACGGCCGCGGGGGCAGCCCCUCGGCCCUGCAGGGGGGCCGCGCGUCCGGUGGCAGCCCCAUCAUGCCGGGCAAGCGCAUCAAGCUUGAACGGGAGGCGGACGUCGGGGGCAGCCCCCUCGCUCCGCCGGCCUCGUCGCUGGCCCCGCUGUCCGCGCUGCCCACGGAGAACGUGUACUCGCAGUGGCUGGCCAGCUACGCGUCCUCCCGCCAGCAGCUCAAGAAGGAGGGGUUCGCGUCCCUGGGGCUCGGCUCCCUGCCGGGCUCCGUGCCGGGCUCCUUGCCGGGCUCCGCCGUGACGCCGGGGAUCGUCGGCGACUCGCAGUCGCGCCGCUCUCCUUUCGCCUGCUCCUCGGCCUCGUCCGACAAUGGCAGCCUCCAGCUGUCGACGGCCUCGCCCCCUCUGCAGCCGCACGUCCACCACCACCACCGGCAGCACCACCAGCAGCAGCAGCAGCGCGAAUCUGGCGAAGACACGAGCUCCGAGCCCAGCGCGGGCAGUCCCGCCAGCUCGAGCAACGGGCGCUCCGGGAGCGCCGGCGGCGGCAGCGGCGCCGGCAGCAACCGCUGCGAGUUCUGCGGGAAGUCGUUCAAGAACGGCAGCAACCUCACGGUCCACCGGCGGUCGCACACGGGCGAGCGGCCCUACAAGUGCGAGCUGUGCAGCUACGCGUGCGCGCAGAGCAGCAAGCUGACGCGCCACAUGAAGACGCACCUCAAGGGCAGCGGCGGAACGGUGGUGGCGGCUGCGGCGGCAGGAGGAGGAGUGGCUGGAGGAGGAGGUGGAGGAGGAGAAGCGUUCCGCUGCGACGUGUGCCAGAUGGCCUUCAACGUCCACGCCACGCUCAUCAAGCACGUGAAGAAGUGGCACCGGGCUGCCAAGCAGGACGGCGUCGUGGCCGGCGCCGCGUCGCCCGCCGCCUCCACCGCCGUUGCCGUCGUCGUGUCGGCCGCCACUGUCAACAAUAACAGCGGUAGUGGCGGCAGCAGCAGCAACAAUAGCGGCAACAGCGGUAGCAGCAGCAGCAGCAGCAACAAUGUUGGAAACAGCAACAGCGCGAGCAGUGGGGCGGCCGAAAUUAAGUUGGAGCCAGCCGAGUAAGUGGGGCAGGGAGGGAGGGGGGGCUCGGGUCGCAUUGGGGUUGCCCAACUUUAUGCCAUCUUGAGCCCCGCCCACCCACCUCCACCAUGGUCAAUGUGCUUCUUGCGCAUGCACCAAAUGAUCAGAAUGCCGAUUGGGUCGUCAUCAAACUACACGCGCCUGAUGAUUGGUGAACACGUCUCCACUUGGCGGAGGGAGCGCUGAUUGCAAUGGAGACCGACAUUUGUGUGUGUGUGCGUGUGUUCCCCGCGUGGGGAGCGGUGGGAAAGUGGUUAGCGCACUGCGCUACGAUCACGGCAACCCGAGUUCGAUUUCUGCUCCCGACUGGUGCGAUGUGUGUAAAGCAUCAGCAGUGGAGAAACAAAGGCGGCCGGGCGAGAUGUUGGCUACCCACCCCCCCUUAGUGUGGUGUGCCGAUCUCCGUUGGUGCUCGCUCACAGCACUUGCCCCAACAGUCCGUUAUACGCUACACGGGGGAUCUUUAUCUUUGUUCCCCGCGUGACGCUGACGGCCCUGAUUUUAAAUUGAGGUUUAAGAAGAGCGCUCCGCGUUUUGAUUGACGCGUUUAGCACUCGCGAGGCGCGUGCGGCGUGUGCCGACUUAAUGUGCAGUUGAAAGGAGAACUCUGGCAAACAUGGAAAGCCGGAUCGUGGUGGAUGGUCGCGCGGAAUGGAGCCUCGGAAAUCACGAGGCCGGGUCGGGUUCGUGCGAACGACACUGACACACACAAAGACAAAGAUCCCCCGUGUAGCCUUAACAGACUGUUGGGGCAAGUGCUGUUAGCGAGCACCUCUGAACGCUGGUACGGCACACGACGGGGUGAGUGGCCAACGCCGCGCCCGGCCACCUUUGUCUCCCUCGUGGCGAUGUUUACACACUGCACCAGGUACUCAUUUGAGGCUGAGUCGACCUAGGGGAGGCCCAGGACCGGUCCAGAUAUUUGUUACCGAUGCUGGCCGUGAGCGAGAUUCGAACUGGGGUCGCCGGAUUCGUAGCGCGGCGCGUUGACCGCAACGCCGCCGCUCCCCACACUGACCCGCACACACACAGACACUCACUGACACACAAACACACACACACCUCGUCACUCCAUGAGUCUAACUGAGGAGUCGGAGUCCGCGCGGUGCGCGCGCACUACGAGUGGAGCCCGAACGGGCGGGGGACGAGCGAUCGAAGGCCGCGCUGCCUUCGAUCGCUCGCUCAGUGGUCCACGAAGUCAGCCAUCACGCCGAUCCCGAUUCAAGCAAUAAGGAGCGUCACGUGGUCUGAUGAUGAUGAUGAUCAUGAUGAUGGUGAUCAUGAUCGUGUUGAUGAUAAUGAUCGUGAUGAUCAUGAUGAUAAUGAUCGUGAUGAUGAUCAUGGUGAUGAUCAGGAUGAUGAUCGUGAUGAUGAUCAUGAUGGUGACGGCGGCUCCCAUUUCACUCGUGCACUCUUUUGAAGAAGCCGUGGGUCCUUGCUAAGCGAGCCGUUGCAACAAUGAAUCACACACUCACGCUAUCUAUAUGCCGUAUAUAUUAAAAAUGACCCGCCUUUAAAAGAAUAAUCAAGCAAAAAAAUAAUAAUCUUAUAACAGACGUAACUAGAGUCGUGUGUCGUGGGCUAAGUCGAAGUUUUGUAUUAUUGGUUUUAUUAUCGAACUUGUCGGCACUUAACCCCCCCCCCCACCCCGAACUGGCCACGUGACCAGGCGGGAUGCGCAAAUUGCACCCCCCCCCUAAGAGCCCCCCCCCCCCACCAACUUCCACCCCCCCCCCCUCCUUUCUCUCUCUGGUGCAAUAGCGGAUGUAUUUAUUUUGCGAGAACCAGGGUUUUUUUUACUCGUUACUGAGCGGAGAUGAAUAUGAGUUUGUGCCUGUGUACCCCCUCCCCCGUCCAGUUAAUGAAUUCCCUCCUAGCUCCCCCCCCCAAUUCCUUGCCCCCCCUCUCCCCCCGCGGCGCUCACCCCCUGCCCCCCCGUCCCGGCUGUAAGCGCUGAGAGUCGCUUAGAUCCCCGGGCAGGCAUUAGGAUGCCCCGCACGCACCGCGCAUUGGAGAAUCAUUAAUCAGUCUGCCUCCCUCCUCCUCCUCCUCCUCACCACCUCUAACCACUUACCCUCCUCACCCUCACCACUACCAGCCUUAUCCUGACCACACCGUCUUGAUCCAACUGCAACGCUCCCACGUCCUGCACCCCCUCAUCACCACUCAACCCCCUCGUCACCCCCACCGCUGCUUACCUUACCACCGCCAACCACCGCGCUCCCGCCUCUCAUCCCGAUCUCUCCCCAUGAUCUCUCCCUCCUCCUCUCCCCAUGAUCCCUGCCUCCUCAUCCUCCUCGCCACUCACCUGCCUGCUCACCACCACCGCAGGAAGCAUUCCCCCCCCCCCACCACUCCAACACCGCCGCCGAGAUCCCGAUGCAGACCGCGCGGGGUUAAGGGCACGCGGAGCUGCAGGCGAUGCUGAUGAUGAUGAUAGCCGAUGAUGAUGAUAGCCGAUGAUGAUGAUAAUGAUGAUGCGCCUCAGUGCCUUGAUCAUGUGACUCAUCAAGAACUCAAAUCGAGGGGGGGGGGGCUCCCACGUGAUUAGCCCAAGCAAGUGUCGUGAAGAGGGGGGGAGGUGUUGAUAUAAAUGGGGGAUUUGGGGGGGAGGGGGCGGAGGGGGGGAAGUCGAUCAUCGUUUAAUUAACCAAUCCGUAAGCGUGACGACACGUGACUUAAUAAGUGCAUUAAUUAAGAGUUGGUCACGUGGUGUAUCUUUGUGUCAGGCGAAGCCCAAUUAUGUCCAGCCCCCCUCCCCUGCCACUCCCCCAGCCCCCCCCCCCCAAUUAACCCCCGACCUCAUCCCAACUCCCCGUGUGCUAAAGCCACGUGGACCCCCCCCCCCCCCACACCUCACCUGGCUGUCGUAUGGACACUAAGCAUGGCGCGCGCGGUCUCGCCGCGAACCCCGACACUCAGUUGUUGGUUCUCGACACAAAAAGAAACCCCGAAGCGUCGUGACGCCGCCUCGGGCGAGCAGGAAGGGGGGGGGGGGUCGCAUAGAGGCGACAUCGAUUUAUCAACAUCAUGCAACGUCUCUAUUCGGAGAUGGAGGAACGCCGCCUCUUCCUUCCUCACCCCUCCUCCUCCUCCUCUUGCGCUAACCCAGGGGUCGGCAACCUGCGGUUCCCGAGUCGCAUGCGACUGCUCCGACACGUUCUGUAUGUGCGUAUUCACAUGCAUUGCGGCUCUUGAAUUAUUGAGUUUUGUAACGGAUUCGAAAAAAAUGUCUCUUCUUGUGAUUUUAGUUGCUGACCCCUGCCCUAAUCCCACUACCACCGCCACCAAGACUCACUCAUACCCCGACACUCCCCCACCCCGCGCCGUACAGCUAGAUAAGUGCCGCAGGUACAGGUACGCGCGCGGGUCCCACGUGUACAGCUGUGUACACACAGACACACGUCUACACACACACAGGUGUAUACACACAAGUGUACACACACACACCUGUGUA